CAGAGUUGUGGCGGCCCGCGGCUCUUGCCCCACCGCUCGAGAUUGUCAUUUGUAGCAUGUACAGAAUCGAGAAAGGUAAUGACAACAAACACCAAGCAAGCACUAAAAACUGGAAUUUUGGUGCGGCUCUCCUCUGUAUCGACUCUACAUCACAGUACAGGCCACGCCUUUUCGCUGCACCACUUCCUUCAUGAAUUUGGCAGGUAGCUGUUAGCUAGAUCUAAUAUACUGAUUUUUUGGGGGGUUUGGAGAAAAUCCACAAGUCCUUGUACAGUAUGAGCGCUGGCGAACUCGGCGAAGACGCUUCUUAAGUUGAAGAAACGUUGAAGAGAGUACUCGACGUUGCUUCGAGAUGGAAAGCAAUACUCCUCGACGAGUGCGGUGUCUUUCUCGCAGAGCGAACAACCGACGACAUAAAACGUAACCUUCUUGUCUCGAUCUUCCUAAGACAGCUUGAGUACUUCCAAGGUGUCAUGUUCUUGACGACGAAUCGAGCUACGACUCUCGACGCAGCGUUUGAGUCACGCAUUCAUCCCACCCUUGAAUCUCCAGUAUUAAGCGAAGAGAACCGCUUGAAGAUUUGGCAGACAUUCGUGGCAACAAAUGCCAAUAUCUCAUCGUACAACAGCGCUUUGGCUGAAGAGGAUCUGAUGCGUCUAGCCAAAAUCCAGAUCAACAGGCGGCAGAUCAAGGACAUCGUGAAGACAGCGAAAUUGUUGGCGAAACAGAAGCAACGACCGCUUGCGGAUAGAAGACGUAGAGCUGAUACUGAAAGUAAAGAUGAAAGCGCCGCUUCCUGACACCUGACUCACCAGCGAGCAGCAU